CCAGACGUUUCUUUCCCUAAUAUUCACGUAUUGUGUCGGCUUUUCAAUGGAGUGGAGAUUUUUGUCGUUAUCGGUUUAUUCGUAGCAGAAUUGGUGUUUUUUAUAUACUUUAAGACAUAAUAACACCCGAUAUAUUACUCUUUUAGUCGGACGUACGUCUCCGGGGUGGUAAAAUAGCACAAAUUGAGGUAAAAAUGCCUUCUGCGGCCAAUGUCAAAAUUGACAAGCAGAUCUCUCCCGAAAACGCUCUUGCUGAACCUUCGGGAACGAAUAAUUCUAAUUUAACCCCGCUUAAGCAGGGUAUUACUAUUAUAGAGCAUAAAAUUAGGAAUCUGGAAAAGCGAAAGUCGAAACUCGAAUCAUAUAGGGAUUUGCAAAAUGCGGGUAAAGAACUGAAUUCGGAUCAAAAGACUGCCCUAGCGAAAAUAAACGAGGUUAUACAGACUCUGGAUUUUGCCAGGGAUUUACACAAACAGUUCCUAGGGAUUGCCUUAUCUGCUGAGAAAGAUGCUAAGAAACAAGCGAAACGGGAGGAAGCACAAAAGAAGCAAACCGAGUUGGCAAGGCUAAGGGAAAUUCUAUUGGUGCAAGACGCUUUAAACCAGAUGGGUAACGAAAAUGUGAGAGAUGACUUUUUGAAUGCUAGGAACGGAGCUGCUCAAUUGAGUGAACCUGACUUAAAAUUGUUAGAUGAUUUGUACCCAGCUGUUACUCCAAAACAUGAAGCUGGCAAUCCCACAGUAUUUACUAAUGAAGUUCAAGCUGCUGCUGAACACUUGUUGGCCGUGGUAGAUGGAAAACCAAAAGAAGUAUUUGGUGGCACUUAUAGCCAAGUGAAGGAGAUUUUGGGCAAGAUUCAUGAGAGUGGAUAUUUUGACCAGGCAGAGGCUGUAGAAGUAGCUGUCGAACGAGAAACUAUCGAAGUCGUGCAGGAAACGAUUAUCGACACCCAGGAAGUUAUCCCUCCCGAAGUCACCCAAGACGCCAUUGCUACACCCAUUGAAACAAUCACAAUUGAAGCCACCAAUCAUCCCGCGUUACAUGGUCAGCAACCAUUAGUUGGGGAGGGUCUCCUAUCUCAGCAGGCGCCCGUUACAGUGGAACCUAAUGUGCCCGUCAUCCCGCAAAUUCCCGCACAAGAAAUUUUCUACCAACAAGCCCCGCCGACUCUCCCGCAAUCUGCUCAACCAUUGAGACCCAUCACAGAGAUGUUAGGCACGGGUAGCUUUUUUUUCUUGCAAGAAUCAGAAAUUGACACCCCUGAUCAGAUCCCCUCUCAGACAUUCACAAACCAAUCGUUUGUGGUACAGCCCCCACCGCCGAUACCGAUGCCGCCUCAUUUUCAGCCCCCAUCUCAACCACUGCCCCCGACAAAUUUACCCACCACAAUGAACCACCAGCCGGUACAAGUGAGCGGAGCUCCUCCCACUGAUGACACGUCAAUUAUUAAACCAUUAGCGCAGCCCAUUGACGAUUUGCAAAAGCAUUCCUCGACCGGACCAGGCGUCACGAAUCAACCGCAACCCUUUUACAAUAAUGGCUACGGAAAUAGAUCCAAGCCCCAGCAGCAAUCGAGAAAUAACGGUAUCGGGGGAACACACCCCAGACCUCAAACGACAAGGCACUAAAUUACACCACAAUUGUGUACUCUGCUAAGGGCUGUAAUAUUUAAUUUUUUUUUUCCUGCUGCACUUUUAAUUUCUUCAAACAACUCAGCAUUAUGCAAUUAUUUUUGGCACUCCUUCCUAAUAAUAGAAGAAUAUUUUUUAUUUUACUUGGAAGUCCCAGUGCCCUUUAACAUCAUUUGUGUCACUAAUAAAUCGAAUACUUAAAAUUAGCAAAAAACAUUGCAGUUUUGGCUUUAACUGCAGGCCGUUUGAGUUACGAUAAAUUACAUUAUCUUUAUUGACAUGUUUAAUUCAAAAGUUGCUGAAUACAUUUUUAAGCCAACAAAAAUGGACGCAAAAGUUAUGGGAGUGUGAUUUAAAAAUAGGUUAAUUUUUAAAAAAUCAUAAAAGCCUUUUAGUGAUAAUUCGAUUCAGUAAGUACAUUUUUUUACCUUUUCAGUAUGAUUUAAAUUGUUUUAAAGAAACGCGAAUAAGGCAUGUAAAAAUAUUAUGGUUUACUGGAUAAACAAUGAGAGGAAUAAAUAAUUAAAAAU